UAGAUGCCUCGCAGAUGAUUACAAUGAAAGCCACAGCACCUGUCAAAGCACAUUGACACCUGAGGGUCGAACGCUUUCAUAUUCUCAUAAAUGUAGUGCAUAAAAUAUUACCGAUGGUCAAUAGCCAAAAUGGUGGACGUAAACGGACUACCGCCUUUACCCAAGUGUUUUUCUGAGGCGGAGAUCUCAAAUAUAGACUGUGAACAUCACAAAGAAGAAACAAAUCAAAACUCAGACCAACGAAUACUUGUCAAUGGAGAAAUUAACGAUUCUGAGAAAAUGGACCACUCGAGGUUGAACGGGGUCGUGGAAGAUUCGGGUGUUGACGAUAAACCACGGUCACCAUAUUCAAGGCUAAACAAUGCUUUGUCAAAGCUCCGGGAAGAAAUGGCUGGUUUAAGGCGACUAGAUGUUUCUCUCCUGACUCAGUUGUGGUCCCUAAAUGAUGCCAUUCACGAGUACAAGUCGGCCAUUCAAGACCGCUUCUCUGAAACCAAUUCUGAAUACUCAUGGGGAAUGAACAGUAGAACGAGUUCAAUGUGUAGUAUUGACGAGUGUGAUGACUGGACUGAGGAUCUACACAUGAAACUGGAUCACGGUCAGAUAGGAAAUUCUCUUCACAGUAGCACUUCCAGUCUUCUUCAACAGAUCAACGAACUCAAAGAGAGAGCCGAGUCGGAAUUUUGAAA